AGUGUCAGCCAUCUUGGUCCACACCCACCCAGAGCAUUCACUGCGGUGCGCUGGUGGCCCAGUCAGACGACCUGGUGUUGAGCUGAGAUUCUUUUUUUCAGUACGGUGCUCUGCUGUCUUUUAAAUCCUCACUUUACAAGAGGGAGAAGAGGAGGAGGAGGAGGAGCGCUGCCGUUCUCUAGACAGCAGCUGUGUGAAGAGGAGGAGGGGAUGCAGGCAUAAAGCGCUCCUCCAGACACCUGCUGUGCCGUCUUCAUCUCUGAUUAUUGCUCUUCUCUUCUGUAUUGAUGCGUUCUUCCUCCUCUUGCAGCUCGUCUUCUCUCUGAGCAGCUGUUUUUGGUCGUAGCUCCCAGAACAAAGGCUGCUACGCCUCUUUCCCCAUCUCUCUCUGGGCGCUGUUGGUUUUUGCCCUGCGAACGCUGAGUCAUCAUGUCUGAUCUGACGCCUCAGAGCGAGACCCCGACUCCCACCACAGACAAGAUCACCCAGGCCGCCCGGGAGACCAUCUAUCUCUGCAACUUUCGUGUUUCUGUCGAUGGCGAGUGGCUCUGCCUCCGUGAGCUCAACGACAUCUCGCUCACGCCGGACCCAGAGCCAGCCCAUGAAGACCCCAAAGAUCCGAUCGCCAUUGAAAGGCUGAACUUGAUGAACAUGGCCAAGCUGAGCAUCAAAGGUCUGAUCGAGUCGGCGCUGAACCUCGGGCGAACGCUCGACUCCGACUACGCCCCCCUGCAGCAGUUCUUCGUUGUGAUGGAGCACUGCCUCAAGCAUGGUCUGAGGGCUAAGAAGACCUUCCUGGGCCAGAACAAGUCCUUCUGGGGGCCCUUGGAACUGGUGGAGAAGCUGACACCUGAAGCAGGAGAGAUCACCGCCAGCGUGAAGGACCUGCCUGGACUCAAAACUCCACUUGGAAGAGGGCGAGCCUGGUUACGACUGGCCUUGAUGCAGAAGAAGCUCUCGGACUACAUGAAGACCAUCAUCAACAGAAAAGACCUGCUCAGUGAGUUUUAUGAGCCGAACGCUCUGAUGAUGGAAGAGGAGGGCGCCGUCAUCGCCGGGCUGCUUGUUGGGCUCAACGUCAUCGACGCCAAUCUGUGCAUGAAGGGGGAGGACCUGGACUCUCAGGUGGGCGUCAUCGAUUUCUCCAUGUACUUGAAAGACGGGGGGCACAGCAGUAAGACAGCAGAGGGAGAAGAUCAGAUCACGUCCAUCCUGGAUCAGAAGAACUACGUGGAGGAGCUGAAUAGACAUUUAAGCGCGUCGGUAAACAACCUCCAGGCCAAAGUGGACGCGCUGGAAAAGUCCAACACCAAGCUGACGGAGGAGCUCGCUGUUGCAAAUAACCGGAUCAUUACUUUACAAGAAGACAUGGAGAGGGUCAAGGAGGAGAGCUCAUUUCAUCUGGAGUCCAGGAAGGCGUCGUCGGCCAACGGACAGGUCCUCGGCGAAACUCGGAAGCAGCUGAAAGAGGAAACGUCUCUUCGACAGGACGUGGAGCGGGAGCUGGAGGUGCAGAUCGGCAUGAGGCAGGAGAUGGAGCUGUCCAUGAAGAUGUUGGAGAAGGACGUGUGUGAGAAGCAGGACAGUCUGGUGGAGCUGAGGCAGCAGCUGGAGGACCUGAGGACCAUCAACCAGCAGCUGAGCCACAAGUCACAGAGUGCCGACUCCAGCUCGAAGCAGAAGAGUGAUGUCAUCGCCCGUCUGGAGGAGAAGAUGAGCCAGAUGUCCGGCAGCAUCAAACACCUGGAGAGCAGAUGCAAACAGGCGGAGAAGGAGCGAGAUCUGGCUUCAGAGGCCAACCGGCUCUUCAAGCAGGAGUUUGGAGACAAGAUCGAGAGUCUGCAGGUGGAGGUGGAGCAGCUGCACAAACACAGGUCUCAUCUGGAGCAGGAGCUGAGGAGGGAGCGCGAGCAUCGGCCCGGCCCAGCUCGGAGGGACAGAAGACUCCUGGACACAAAGCCAAAGACUCCGACAGAGUCCGUGCCGGUAAGAAGAGACGGCGAGCCACCUCGGAGCGAACAGGAGGAGAAACGGCGCCUGAGCUCCAGUCUGUCCUUGUCUCUUCGUGAGGACGAGCAGGAGGAGCCGAGCUCCGACGGGAUACAGCCAUCUGUGUGUCCCCUGUGUGAGGAGGACGAGUCCCUGCUGAGGACCAAG